AAUUUCUACAAUUCUAUCAUGGAACGCAUGGCCAGGAUUUGCUUUCAAGUCUACCUACGAUAUAUUCUUCAUCAUCUUCUUCUUAAAAACCUCCUUCCAACCUCACCAACAAUGGCUGACGUCCGAAGCCCCUUCACACUACUCUCGCCUCCUCCUCCUCCGUCUUCUUCUUCUUCUUCUUCUUCUCCGAACGCCGGCAUGACCAUGCUGUACUACGGCCUGGCGGUGGUCGUAACCGCCGCCAUAGUGCUAGCCAUGUACAACCUCAUCAUCAUCAGACGAUGCCGCCGGCGCUGGCACGCGCCGCAACGGACGACAGGGAACGAACGGGUGGUGGAGGUGGUGAUCGCGGCGGCAGGGAGUAGUAGUCGGAGCUUGGAAUGCUCGAACAGGAACCUGCUUUCAAGCUUCAAGUAUAAGAAAGAAGAAGCAGAGGAGAAGGAAGAAAACGACGGAGGAGGAGGAGGAGGGAAAGGUGAGGAAUAUGAAUGCCCAGUUUGCUUAUCGGAGUUUGAAGAAGGCGAAGAAGUGAGGAAGCUACCUCGGUGUACUAUGUCAGUUUGGGGAUUAAGACGAUGAAGAACAGUGGUUAUGAAAUUCACUUAUGUGAUUUUGUGAAAGAAGGUGAGAGAAUCAAGAGGAUGAUGAUAAGAAGGAGAUGGGAGAGAGAGAAGAAAAGUUUGUUGGGGGAGAUUGAUUGGGAGCUGGCUUAAGUUUAACAUUUAGAUUUUUUUUUAGGGAGACACAAUUAUUUGGUUGAAAUUUGAACAUAGGCCGUUCGCUUUUGGUUUA